AUGGUGCAGACCCCUAAGGGAGCUGAGAAAACUCGUUCGUCUUCUGUGGGGCUGCUCACUAAGGGCAUGACCGAGCAGCAGAUGCCUCGGCUAAUACCUACUGGUGUUCGCGCCCUCUUCACCGCUUCUUUCCCCUACCGGUUCCGCUGCAGCGGGCGGGCAGUGGUUCAGCUUCGCCUACCAUCUAUUCGUUUAAAACCACCAGACCUCAAGGGAGCUUGCGGCAUUUGCUGCAUUGCAGCAGGCGUACAAAAGAGUAGCAGCAGUAGCGGUAGCAUCAACAGCAGCGAAGUCGGGAACAUGGACGUCCAAGCAAAGAUUGGAUGCUCGCUUGAUGAGCUGAUCAAGAUGCAGCGGAGAGGCCCCAGGGGUUCCUCCCUGAACAGCCCCCAGAAGGGCGCAGCUCCACAGCGCACCAACAGGAGGGGCGGCCUGUUCAAGAAACCGGUGAAGCAACAGCAACAGCAGCAGCAGGUGAGAUUUAGUCAGAGGCCGAUGCAGCAGAACAAACACAACGCACGGCCACAGCAGCAGCAACAGGGCGCACUCGCCCGGGAGAAGCAGCAGCAGCAACAGAAGACUCGCACCCUCAGUGUGGAAGACAAGAUUAACUUGCCUCUGGAUGCCUUGAUUGCCUCGCGGCGUCAGCAGGAGCGGCUACAGCAGCAGGCCAAGCGGCAGCAGCAGCAACAACAGCAGAGGCAGAAAGUGAGUACUCCUGCGUUGGUAAGGACAGGUGUCAGUGGCCGCAGAGGGGCAUUCUUGGUCCCGCGAGUGGCACAGCGUCGAGGGCGGCUGAGCGCUGUUGCUGCUCGCCUGCCACCACGGAGCGCGGCUUCAAAGGCCCUUGCUAUUGCUGGAAGGAGGACGGGAAAGGUCCGCACGCCUCACCAGCAGGCAGUGGAGACGCUGAAGUCAGCUGCUGCCUUCAAGACUGCGGCAGCGCGCCGCAUCCGCGGCAGCAGCAUGUACCCCGCAGCAGCUUUGAGGGGAGGGCGAGCUGUUGCCGCAGGAACCAGACGGCUUGCCAGCGGGGGGUUGCAGGUGAGGAGACAGCCUGCAGCUGCCUAUGGAGGCGUGAGGGCGAAUACGUCUCUGGCGCGGCGUCAGCAGUUCGGCAGUGCCGCAGCAGCAGCGGCUGCUGCCGCCGCUGCAGCAGCAGCAGCAUCAGCAAGGGGCAGCACUGGCGGCACUGCCUACAAAGCUUACGGCUCCUCCUCUGCCGCCUUGAAACCCGAGUCUUUUGACAGGAGGAGGGCCCCUACAACGCUGAAAGAAGCAGCAGCGGCAGCAGCGGCGGCAGCUCCUCAGUCACCUCCAUCGUUCUCUGCCGACCCGGAUAUGCUGCCGAUUAUCAAGAUUCAAGCGAGCCUCGACACUGUCCCUGCCCCCUUACCGCAGCAGCGUGGCGCGCAUGUUGCAAUUCCUGCUGCAAUGCAGCGGCAGGAGCAGCAGCAGCCCGUUAGGUCUGUGGGGGCUGCUGCCGACUACAGCACGUUGGGCAGCAGAUUCGGCUACUGA